UUUAUAAAAAGGAGGAAACUCACCUGAGGUACCUAAAGUACAUUGAGCACCUGAAGUAUCUGAAGUACGUGGAGUACCUUAACUACCUAAAGUACCUGAAUUACCUAUAGUACCUGAGGUAUCUGAAGUAACUGAAGUACCUGAAGUACCUGCAGGAUCCCUCCGGACCUCCGCCAUGAUCAAGUCGGAGAGCGUGUCCUCGGACGGCUCCCUCCCCCCGUUCGAGGACGACGUGGACUCGGUGUGUUCCGACGAGCUGCUCGGGUCCCAGUCCCGCCGCUGGCUCACGGAGCUGCUGACCGGGGACAUGCCUAUGGAGACCGUGGACGCGAACACCGUGGGUCGGGACGGGCUGUUCGUGGACUACCACUUCCCCCUGGGGGAGCUGGAGAUGAACACCGGGGUGAAGUGGAAGAGACCGAAGGAGCAGUGUCCGUCCCCUCAGUUCAUCGUGAAAGGAGCCACACGCCUGGACAUCCGCCAGGGGAAACUCAACGACUGUUGGCUUCUUUCUGCCAUCGCCUCCCUGGCUGUGCACCCGUCCCUGCUGGUCAAGGUGGUUCCUCUAGAGCAGAGUUUCCAGAACGGAUACAACGGAAGCUUCACCUUCAGGUUCUGGCAGUACGGUCAGUGGGAGGAGGUGAGAAUAGACGACUUGCUGCCGACUCAGGACAACAACCUGAUCUACCUCAGCUCCCCCGACAGACACGAGUUCUGGAGCUCCCUGCUGGAGAAGGCCUACGCCAAGCUGAAAGGUGGCUACAGAGCUCUGGACAUGGGCUUGCCUCACGAGGCCAUGGUGGACAUGACGGGCGGCGUGUCGGAGGUGUUGAACAUCUCCUUGCUGCCCAGGAACCUGCCGGCCGUCAUCAAAAACCUCCUGUCGAAAGGAGCGCUCAUCAACUGUGCCAACUGUCAGGGUCCUCUGGAAAAAAUAAACGAACUGGGGAUCAUGUACAGACAUGCCUACUCUCUGACGGCAGUAGAAAAGGUGAAGACGGCCUAUGGCACCGUGGACCUGGUGCGAAUCCUCAACCCCUGGGGCAACACAGAGUGGGUGGGUCCCUGGAGCGACGUGGAAGGAGCGGAGUGGAGCACAGUGAGCCCCAAGGAGCAGAAACGACUGCAGAGAGUCCAACGGGAGGACGGAGAGUUCUGGAUGUCGGUGGCGGACUUCGGAAAGCAGUUUGAGACGAUGGAGGUGUGUCACCUGGCCGGCACCCCGGACUCCGGCGUGCUGCCCUGGCGCUGCAUCAUGCUCCAUGGGAACUGGGUGCCGAGCGUCUCAGCAGGAGGAUCUCCUCAAGGAGGUUUGUUCUGGCAGAACCCUCAGUUCCAGCUCCUCCUGCCGGAGGGGGACAGCAGCGACUCUAGGAAGAGCUGCUCCUUCAUUUUGUCUCUGAUGCAGAAACUCCACAGACGCCGAGGCACUGACCUGUCCCUCGCCCUGCAUGUAUUCCCGGUCCAUCCUAAGAAAAGAUACUUGUCUCCUGAAGAGCUGAAGGCCGUCCGCCCCGUCUGCUGCAGCACCCACUACUCCUCACGCCGGGAGGUGGUUCUCCGUGGUUCCCUUCCACCCGGUUCCUACGUCAUCAUCCCCUCCACCUUCGAGCCCAACCAGCAGGGGGCGUUCCUCCUCCGGGUGCUGACGGAGCAGAGCAACACGGCCGCUCCAGUUAACAAACCGCCACAAGACGUCAAUUCACAAAGUGAGCCGUCACAUCCUCACCAGGCUGCGCUCCCUUCGCCCAAAUCCAUCAAACGCCUGUUCAUGAAACACUGCAACAAGAAGGGGAUUUGCAAACCGCUGCAUCUGCACAGCCUCCUGACUGAGGCCAUACAGGGAGGAGUGUUGGCCGGCAGUGAGAAGAAUCUGGCUCUGGAGCACUGCAAGAGUCUGGUGGUCCUCACCGAUACUCAGGGCACCGCUCGGCUGAACUGGCGUGAGUUCAUGGGUCUGUGGGACAUGAUCAAGAGGUGGACGGACAUCUUCCUGGUGUUUGACAAGAACAAGACGAAGCGUCUGGAGUAUCAGGAGGUUGCUCCGGCUCUGAAGGCUGCAGGAAUCACGGUGGACGACCUGGUGAUGCAGCUGGUUGGCCUGAGAUACACGGAGCCAGACAUGACCAUCAGUUACCCCGGCUUCUUGUACCUGGUGAUGAAACUGGAGAGCAUGAUACAGAAAUUCCAAGCGUACGACGUGGCCGGAAUGGGAACGAUAGCAGUCAGCUACAGACGGUGGCUCCACCUGACCAUGUACAACUGACCUGCUCCACUCAGUCACACUCACCAGGACUCACUCAGCUCUUUGUUGAUUUUCUUUUCACUGCUCGAUCUCAAUGUGUGAUUUUUGUUGUAUUUGUGUAUAUGAACGAUGUCAAGUGUGGUUCAGUGACAGAAACAUGAUGCAAACAAGGACAUACUGUGCCUUUAGUUCCCCCUCGUGUACGGAGUCAUCGUAUAGUCACGGAAACAUCCGGGGUCAAAGGUCAAACACGGACGUGGAGCUGUGAUGUCAGUGAAGUGUAUGAUUCACUGUGUCAGUGACUUUUGAGCAGACGUAGCCUCAGUGAUCUCAGGAAUGAAACUUUAAGAUGUUCACAUCAUUUCUGAGCCUGAAUUUACUACAUCUGACUCCAAAUAACAACAAACUUCCAAAAUAAUUAAUGAUAUUAAUUAAACGCUGCUCAACAUGAGAACUGACUCUUAUCCAUGGUGUCAAUCUUUGUGGCUUCAGACGGCCAGUUUCAUAGCCAGUAGUUCAUCAUGUAUUCAACUGAUCAUUUCAUAGACUGACUGCUGUCCUGGCUCCUGAAUGGUGGAACGAGCUCCUGAUGAAGCAGGACAGAUCUCUUUCGAUUAUACCUUGAAUUAAAAAAAAUUAUAUAGUAGAACAGCUUCGUUUAUAUAUGAUAAUUUACAAGAUCUCAGACGGGUAAAUUCAAAUGAUAUAAAGAAAGAACUGUGGUUCGAUAUUUGGAAUAAAUAUUUAAAUUAUCUUAAUAAAUAACUAAAUAAAUAAAUAAUGCAGUUUAAAAUUGUAUAUGGACUACAUUACUCUAGAGUAAAGUUGCAUAAACGUUAUCCAGAUGUAUCACCAAGCUGUGAUACCAAGGAGAAGCAGUGUCUCAACGUUACAGGACUUCGUGGUCAGAAUACUUUUUUCCCCAAGGUGUUUAAAACUAGAAUAGAAAUAGAUCACACUUAUACCUGGUGUCUUUGAGAACUGGAAAUGUUUAGUGAGUGAACAGCAGCAUCUUCUGUCCUGUGGCCGACUUUGUGCAAAGAAGAUUAUUCUCCUACGCUGAGAGAUUAAAGAAACUCUCCCUCCUCUUUGAAAAGAUCCCACAUGUCCUCAGUGAGAGAGGCUUUGGACGGACUUGGACACAUGUGAUUUCUUUCUUAGAAGGAAUGGAUGAAAAGAUGCAUUAAUCUUGGAUUUAAUUAAGUUAAUUUUUUUAGGUUAUUUGUGGGAAUUGUGAGGUUUUGGUCCUUUUUUUCAUUUUACAAAUCUGGUGUAAUUUUCAUCUGAUUUCCUUUGUCAUAAUGUUCAUUUGAAUUUAAGCUAAAUGUAUUUUUAACGAAUGUAUGCUUCACAAUAAAAAUAUUUGAGAAGACCUCA